UUCUGACUCGCUCUGUUUCUAUGUUUCUAUGUGAUACUGGUAAAUCAUUUUCCAGCAGGAAUGAAAGCAGGUCUGUUUGAUGGGAUCCAAAAAUUCUUCCUUCCCAUUUUGCAAAGGGACCAAAGCACCUCACUGCUACUGAAGAAUUUUACCCGGUAGAGAGAAUUAAGGAUUCCUGAACAGGUAGCUUGUCUCAAAAGAUUGUGCUGAAUAGCUUAUACAGAACUGACAGACCCUUACCAUUCUCAUUUACAUUUAUUGGCUUAGCAUAUAAAGCACCAGUGCAAUAACUGAUCCCUUUUCACUUUAUAAAAAUGGGUUUUCUAUAAUAGUAUGUUAAAAAUCAAUGUGAAUUGAAGCUACAAUCAUAAGAUUGCAAUCAUAAGAACACUUACUGGGGAAUGAAUCCCAUUAAAAAUAUUGGACCUUAGGUCUACAUAAAUCUACAGGAUUUCUCUGCACUUCACAUACAUUUCUUAUGCAGUGGUUUCUGGCAGAGAGGCUCUUCUCCUAUGGAAGAGCCUCUCUGUUUACAAGGGCUUUCUGAUUUAUUUAAUUAGAAUUAAAUUAUUCUGAUUAGCGGUGGAAGGUCAACUGAGCAGUGGAAUGAUAUGUGGAGAGGAGCUCAGAUUGGACUUAGGUUCAGGGCAGUGAACUGCUGGACCUGUAGUGGCAUCAUCAGGUGAGAGAGAUUCAAAUGACCUGCUGAAGGAUUAGAAAAUGUGUGGUUCAUUAGGCAGACAGAAGUUGGUUCCAUGUGAGCAGGCUAAGAUUAGUUUGCAGGGUUAGGGAGCAGAUAAAGCUCAAGUAGAAAUGUGAAGCCGGACAGCUGUAAAAAGAGCUGUUGAGAUCUAGAAGGAUACAGAUGCUGUGAUUUGCUAUACAGGCCUACAAGGUAGACAGGGAGUUUACUUAGGAAGAGAGAUGAUGUUGAAACUAAUUAAGCAAAGGCAAUGCAGCAAGGCAAGGGACUAAUCACUCUAUGGGCAAUGUCACCAAGAUAAGAAUUGGUGAAAAUACGUGAGAAUUAAAGUCCUCCUUUAAUAGACCUUUUUGCUAAUAUAUGACAAUUUACUUUACUUGGGAUAGUACUAAAUUUGGAAAACAGUAGUAAUUUCUAGUGUGCAAAAUGCAUAUAUGGAUGCAACAAAACCAUUGGGAUAAGCAAGUAGUAAAGAUGAAUAAAGUCAGAUAAUGUUAUUUUCUUUCUACAGCUACAAACAUGCAGUCAUUAAGCAAUAGAAGAGGGUAAAAUCAUUUCAAUACCAGGAAUAACCAAAUAAAACAAACAUACAGUGGCAAUUCAGUGUUUGGAGACAGUCUUUAAAAUUAACCUGGAGGAUUCCCAUCUUGCAGUACCUGUGUGCUUGACAGAAAUGUUUGCAGAGUCUUGUCAUAAGAGUGAGAUUCUGCCUCUCUCGGAUUCUUUGCCAGAGGAUCUUGAGAAAGCUGACCAGCUGAAGGAUGAAGGUAACAAUCACAUGAAGGAGGAAAAUUACGAUGCUGCUGUUGAUUGUUACACUCAGGCUAUAGAACUAGAUCCAAAUAAUGCAGUCUAUUAUUGCAACAGAGCUGCUGCUCAAAGUAAGCUGAAUAACCACAGCGAAGCAAUAAAAGACUGUGAAAGAGCAAUAGCAAUUGAUCCCAAAUACAGCAAAGCAUAUGGAAGAAUGGGGUUGGCUCUGACUUCAAUGAAUAAAUACCAAGAAGCAAUUAACAGUUACCGAAAAGCACUGGAUCUUGAUCCAGAAAAUGACUCUUAUAAGUCAAAUCUGAAAAUUGCUGAGCAAAAAUUAAGAGACAUGUCCAGUCCCACUGGAACUGGAUUGAGUUUUGAUAUGGCAAGCUUGAUAAACAACCCAGCCUUUAUUAGCAUGGCAGCAAGUUUAAUGCAGAAUCCUCAAGUUCAACAACUGAUGUCGGGAAUGAUGACAAAUGCCAUAGGAGGUCCUGCUGCAGGUGUUGGUGGCCUCACUGAUCUGUCCAGCCUUAUACAUGCAGGACAGCAGUUUGCACAGCAGAUACAGCAGCAAAACCCUGAGCUCAUAGAGCAACUGCGAAACCACGUCCGAAGCAGAUCUUUCAGUGGCAGCACUGAAGAACAUUCCUGAUAAAAGAUGCAUGUGCAAGAACACUGUUCUAUGAAUUCCAAAAGGCAUACUGUAGCUAGUAGCAAAUAUCACCAUUGUAAUUCUUCUCAAACCUGAGAUGAGAGGUCCUUUGUGUGUAUUCCUUAUUGUCUGUUGAAAACAGAUUCAUUGCACACAGAUUUGAACAUAUCAUGUAUGUAUUUUGAUGCCUUUGUAAAUGGACUAUAAAUAGAACUGUUGACUUAUUAAAAUCUCUGUGUAUGAGAAAGCAUUUCCAUGUCAAUGAGCAACAGUAUGUGACACUUCAUUCUCUUUUGAGAGAAUGGAUUUUUUGCACCAAGACUGUGCAUUGAAAAAAGAUCACCCAGUAUAUUGACAGAAGAGUGGAGGAAUAGUGCUUGUGCAUAGAGUACAUUCUAUGAGGCAGUUUCUCUCAAACUGGAAGGUAUCCUCCUGCCACCCAUAUAAGGCUGUGGGAAGUGCAAGCAAUUUUGCAUGUCUUUCUGGGAAUAAGUCUAUACAGUAAAGGUUCUGAUUUUCCCAAAGAGUAGAGCAUUGCUUUACUGGAACUGCUGAAAAGAAGUAGAGUAAUGGGUCUGACUGGUGAAGUUGCUACACACUGACAUGAUGUGGCAGAAGAAAGAGAAGAGGGUGAGCAGGCACUAGAGGGAGAAAUGCAUGUGUCUGUCUAUAGCACCUGGACCAGGAGCCUAAAGAUAUGCUGGGUUUAUGGGUAUGUGAGCUUCUCAAAUAUAGCCAAGGAAAUCCGUAGGUUGAUAAGCAUGAGCUACCUACUAAUGUAUAAAAGAGACCACUAGUUUAACUUUUAGGGCACAUUAUAUAAAGGAUCCUGGGUCAGUGGUAAAGGGGAGAUGCUCAGCCUCUUUUCUUACAGUCAUUCAUUAAACAGGGUUAACACAGCAAUAGUUUUGUGCUGAGAUGAAUGUAUUGAGAUGGAGGAGGGAUAGUAUGAAAGCCAUAUUUAAGAUUUGUGAUGGAGCAAAGGAGUCUUGGAUCAGUUUGGCAUGGAUGGUUCAACAGAAGGAUGAAUUUAGAAGGGCUAACCAGAGGCACACGAAGGAAUGUUAAGAGAAGGCUGUGCAGAAAGCAGGAGAUUGGGAUGAGAGAUCUCCCAGCAAUAUGCAGAAUGAAUCUCCCUUGCAUUCACAAAACCUGACCUUUUACACUGGGAAUAGCUCUAAAAAACUUUAUUAUAGAAUGAUGUUUUAUAUUGCCAUAGAAGUUUUCUGUCCAUACUAUCAAUUCUACCUGUCCUCAUUUGCCUGCUUUCAUAAUCCUUGAAAUAAUCAAACUGUUUUAAGAAAAUCUGAGACAGCAGAGAUUUGGUAUAUGUUUAUGGUUGUACUGAAAUUUUUCGUUUCUAAUAUCUUGGGUAAUGUAAUGUCAGUAUCGUAUUCUCCUUUGCGUACACUGCUUUUGUUCUCAGUUCUUCCUCCUUGCUGUUGUCCUUUAUGCUUCUGUACUUUCCUUGCAGUACACAUCUCCUUCCACAGUGUUUCUUUUACAAUUGCAGUAGAACAUGCUUACCCAUUUCUGCAACAAUGGUUUAAAAUCACUCAGAAGGCAGGCUUUCAAGUGAAAGCAAGGAACACUCCAGAACGUAGUUUAUGGAGGAAAUUCUGUAAUGUUGAGGUGUGGGAGUAGGCUAACAGCCUGCUGCACUGCUGUUACAUUUCUCAUCAGCUGCUUGGUAUAAAAAGCAACAAUUUGGAAGACCUUUAUUCUGCAUAUAUGUGAUCCCAACUGACCCAUCCUUUUAAAAGAAUUCUCUUUAUGUUGCUACGUCCUUUGGGUAUCUGGUUAAUUGGCAUUGAUGCCCAUUUCCCCAGUGUAUUAAAUAUAUCAUUCAGACUUAGGCGUUGCUGAACUAAUGUAAUGAGAAUACCGAUGUUCAGUAUAUGACGUUUGCUGUCAAGAGCUAAAGAUGCAAACUAUUCACAUCAUUAAUUUGAGCUACAUAAUUAACAUUUAACUCUAUUAGUAAUGGUAGCAGUUUUGCAUUAUUGCCCUGAAGCCUUUGGGUAGAAAUAAUCAUGUUGAUUUUACCAAUGCCACUGGCAUCCUCCAGUUAAGAAGUGGGAGCCAAGAUGCCAUGUCUUUCCUGACUGCUACUCCAUAAUUGGUUUGCUGAGUACCAGUUCAGAUGUCCUAUUAAUCAGCUAGUUAAGAUAUGGCUAAAGUUCAUAAUAGCGGGCAGUGUUAUGUUGUGACAAAGCACUAGCACUUCCACACUGCUGGGUCAGGUAGAGUGUGUUCUAAAUGUACAUUUAGAAAGCAACACUUUAGAUAGCAACUGUUCACACUCCACUCUAAUUCAUUCUCUUGAUUUCCCAUAGUUGAUUAAUGAAUAGGUCUUGUGUUGUCUGGAAUAUGUUUAAUAAAAGGAAAUUUGAAAAAUUCAA